AAUAAUAUUGUGAUCCCUGACCACGGAACCACACCCCCAGAGAAACCAUUCUACAUAUUCUCAUAUACACUCAUUAGCACAUAGCGCUAGGCGCCAUACCAACCAUGAGCGACCUGUUAUCCUACAUUUCCAAGGUCAUGUGCAUCAAGGCAAGAUCGGAGGCAACACAAGCCGGCGAGGACAGCGGCUGCCCAGCGGACGAGUGCCGCGUCUGCCUGUCCAAGAUUCGGCUCGGCGAGGCUACCCGCCGACUGCCGUGUCGCCAUGUGUUCCACCGGGACUGCGUCGACCGGUGGCUCUCGUCCUGCAAGCGAACCUGUCCGCUGUGCCGAGUUUAUGUGGCCGAUGGGAACAAGCAGCCGGUGGCGGCAAAGCACACCAGCCGUGAAGCACAGGCACUCGCCGACGACCUUGUUAUCUGGUUCUCCACCGUGCUUGUUCCCGGUUUCUGAUGCCAAAUUCCUUCGUCUGUUCGUUCGUUUGAAAAAGCUUGAUUGGUGUGUAUUUUUUUUAUUGCAUGCAUGAUACAUGUACGUACUACGUUACUGUUAAUUGUCCUUAGAACAGUUUCUAGAAAAUCUGUGUGUAUGUAGCAUCUUGUUGCAUGAACUGAUUGGAACUUCUGUGUUUGCAGCUGAUUACUGAAAAUAAGAAGUUCGAGCAAAUAUAUGUUAUCGAAAUUUAUGGUACUA